UCCCGGUCCCUGAGACCCCAGAGAGCCGGCCCCGGGCUCGUUAUGGCUGCCAUGGAGCGGCAGCAGGAAGUAAAGGCCCUGCUGAAGCGGUGGGAAGCGGAUUUCUUCCGGGAGCGGCAGAGGAAGCCCAGCCAGGCUGACGUUGAGGAGGCUCCAGAGGACAUCAGACGACUCUACAAGGAGUACAAGACACUGAAACAGCAGAAAGAGGAGAUGGAUCCAAGCAGGAUCAGCUCUCCCAGCCCCCAGGAACAUCAGGAGACUCCAGCCAUGGAGAAGGUGCCAGACUCUGGGUUUUGGGGUGCACACCUGAACCGCCAGCCCAGAGCCCCCAGGCCCAGCCGCCACGCCCGCGCCGUGCCCAAAGCCUCUGCCCAGUUCUAUGGCAUGAGGCUGAAAUCCAACCUGGCAGCUGCUGGCAAGGAGACACCUCUGACCCCAAGGAGGACCCCAGUUCCCAGGAGGACCCCAACUGUCUCCAAACUUCAGCCAGAUUUGGGGACAAGUGACAAGGCCCCACCCCUGGUGCCUUCACAGAGCGAGGAAGAUGAGCCAGGAGACCUUGUCCUUCCUCCCUCAGUGUCGGGGCUGGCCCCCAUCAUACUCACAGCAGGUUUAACACCCCCCCAGACACCCCCUCCCAGUAAAUUCCAGCACCUGAAGCAGACAGUGGCACAGAGACUGGGCUCACUGGAUCCUGCCUGGCUGCAGAGGUGCCAGGGGACACUUGGUGACAAAGGCACAGCGCUGGGGGACACGUUGGCGCAGGGAGAAACCAAACAGGCCCCCUGGAAGCAGGAUGAAGGUGGUGGGGGAGUGAUGAUGGGAGACUCCACGGGGAAAAGGCCACGGGGAGAUGGUGGAGACGGCGUGGUGGCACCGGCAAAGCUCCGGAGAUGCUGCCAAAGCUCAACCGAGGCAGCGUUUGCUGCUGCCAAGGAGCUGAAGCAAAGCGAGGAGGAGGAGGAGGUGGUGGAGGAGCGUGUAGCAAGCCAAAUGGAGAGCAAGAAGGUGCCAUACCCCUCAGAGAACAUCCUGGGGGAGAUAGAGGAGGAGGGGGAGAAGAAGAAGAAGAAGCCCAGAGUCACCUGUGGAGCCAGUGUUGCCAGAGCCCCUCGGCUGAGCCGCGGCAACUUCGUGCGGCUCAACCUGAAGAGCAGAUCCCACGUCCGCGGCUUCGCCCUGCGCGGGCAGCGGCUGCGCAGGCAGGCCCAGAAGCAGAAGUGGCAGAGGAAGUGGAGCAGCUCUGCAGCCCUGGGCCGCAGCUCCGACCUCUGCUUCCGCUGCGGCGGUGCCGGCCACUGGGCCUCAGCCUGCCCAGGGCGAGGGAUGACUCCCCAUGUGCUGCCGGUGGAGAGCAACCACAGUGGUGAAAAGGAAGAGGAGGAAGAAGAGCCUCCACUUCCCACGCUGGAGGAGGUGGCUCGUCGGACCAACAGCGUCUGCCCAGAGCUCUCUGAGAGUGGAAGCAGCGGGAUGAGUUUGGAGAUACAAACUUACCUGGAUGUGAGGAGACCAACGUAUGAGCCACCUGCUCCCCCUGCACCUGUGGGGCCCCUCUAUGAGCCAGGGACCAUCCAAGAGACCCCAGCUGAGGUGAUCAAGGCUCUGAAUGCCCUGGGCUACAGCUCCUUCCGUCCAGGCCAGGAGGUAGCCAUCAUGAGGAUCCUCUCAGGUCUGUCCACACUGGUGGUGUUAUCAACGGGGAUGGGGAAGUCCUUGUGCUACCAGCUCCCUGCUUACCUCUACCACAAGCGCUCCAAAUGCAUCACCUUGGUUGUCUCCCCACUGGUGUCCCUCAUGGAUGACCAGGUCUCAGGGUUGCCACCAUGCCUGAAAGCUGCCUGUGUCCACUCCAACAUGGCCAAAUCCCAACGGGAAGCGGUGAUGGAGAAGGUGAGGCAGGGUGAGGUGCAGGUGCUGCUGCUCUCUCCUGAAGCCCUGGUUGGUGGAUCAGGAUCAGGAUCAAGCUACCUCCCCUCUGCUGACCGCUUGCCCCCCGUAGCCUUCGCCUGCAUCGAUGAAGCUCACUGCUUGUCCCAGUGGUCCCACAACUUCCGGCCCAGUUACCUGAGGCUCUGCAAGGUGCUGCGGGGCCGCCUGGGCGUGCGCUGCUUCCUGGGGCUGACUGCCACUGCCACGCUGGGCACGGCGCGGGACGUGGCCCAGCACCUGGGCAUCCCGCCCCAGGAGGGCAUCCCGCUGCGCUCCGCUGCCGUGCCCCACAACCUCCGCCUCUCUGUCUCCAUGGACAGGGACAGGGACCAGGCCCUCAUCUCCCUGCUGCAAGGGGAGCGUUUUGGGGACCUCAACUCCAUCAUCGUCUACUGCACACGGCGGGAAGAGACAGUUCGGAUUGCAGCACUCAUCAGGACCUGCCUCCAGGGAACGGCGCUCAGGGAACCCACUGGAGCCAGGGAGCCAGCCCAGGGUGGUGCUGGGAGGAAGAAAGUGAAGGCCAGGAGCCUGCAUCCCACCUGGUUGGCCGACUCUUACCACGCCGGCUUGUCCGCUGCGGAGCGUCGCCGCGUCCAGAAGAACUUCAUGAGCGGCCACCUCCGCGUGGUGGUGGCCACGGUGGCUUUUGGCAUGGGCUUGGACAAAGCUGACGUCCGCGGUGUCGUCCACUACAACAUGCCCCAGAACUUCGAGAGCUACGUCCAGGAGAUCGGAAGAGCCGGCCGGGACGGACAACCUGCUCAUUGCCACCUCUUCCUGGAUCCAGAGGGUGGGGAUCUCCACGAACUGCGGCGUCAUAUUUAUGGUGACACGUUGGAUUUCUUCACCGUCAAGAAGCUGGUGGGGAAGGUUUUUGCUCCUUGCAAGUGCCUGGAGCUGUACCAGAAAAGGCAGGAGAUCAUGAAGGACAAGGAGAUGGAGGACUCCAAGCUGACCAUGAAGGAAGAGGAGAAGAACAUUGACCAACGGAUCUGCUACAUGCACGAACGCACCGUCCCCAUCCACCAAACCGUGGAGUCCUUGGACGUACGGGAGGAAGGAAUUGAGACCCUCCUGUGCUACCUGGAGCUUCACCCACGGCGCUGGUUGGAGCUCCUGCAUCCCACCUACUCCCGGUGCCGGCUGCAGUGCUACGGCGGCUCGCGGCAGCUGCGGGACGUGGCGCAGAGCUCUCCACCUGUUGCCGUGUUCCUGGCUCGGGAGCGGCUGGAAGGGAGGGAGUGGAGCCAUGGAAGCUCCUUGGAGUUUGAUGUGGUCACCUUGAGUGACUCCAUGGGCUGGGAGGUGGCCUUGGUGAAACGAGACCUGCGGCAGCUCCAGUGGGACCAGCGGCUGCAGAGAGGAGGUAGCAAGAAUGGGAAAAGUGGGGUCCUGGUGGAGUUUGAUGACCUCUCCUUCCACUUCCGUGCCUAUGGUGACCUCAGCACUGAUGAGCUGGACUCUGUCUGUGAGUUCCUCCACCAGCGGGUGGUGGCCAGGGAGAAGACAGCUCUUGGCCAGCUCCGUGCCUGCUUCCGAGCCUUCCGGAGUGUGGCCUUCCAGACCUGGGGGCCUCACACUGAGGAGGAGGAGGAGGAGAGAAGCUCUCGGUUGAAGGCUCUGCUCAGCAACUACUUUGAGAAGGAACCUGAUGGCUGUGAGGAGGAGGAGGAGGAAGAGGUGAAAGAUCUUGAGGGGCAGGAGGCCCAAGUCCGGGCAGACAUCCGCCACUUCCUGGCCAUCCGCCCCGAGGAGAAGUUCUCCGGCAGAGCCAUCGCCAGGAUCUUUCAUGGCAUUGGCAGCCCCUGUUUCCCUGCCCAAGUUUUUGGCCGAGACCGACGCUUCUGGAGGAAACAUCUCACCUUUGACUUCCACCGCCUCGCCCGCUUGGCCACGGAGGAGAUCUUGGCCAGCAGGUGACUCAUCCUGGGGUACCACAUCCUU